AUGUUUAGAAACUAUUCAGUUUAAUCGGUUCCUCUUGUUUCAACUACACCUAUGUAUUAAUCUCUCAUCCAAGUUCAAUAACCUUAGCCAUAAAUUGUGAGAUAAAGACCAAUUCAUGUCGUCGAUUUGGAAUAGUAUGAUGAUAUUUGGAGAAAAAAGGUUGAAGACCUCGAGAAACAAUUAAGAGAACUAUAAAAGCAGAAACCAUAACCAGUGGUUUAAGCUCCAGAACCUGUCCUUGAAUUGCGAGCAGGUGCAGAUACUGACGAAUUGGAAAAAUAGAUAUAAUAGCUAUAAUUGGAAUUGUAUAAAACAAAGGAAGAUUAUGAAGACUUGUUAUAAAAGUACAAUGACAACCUUAGCGAAUUAGAACAAUUGAAAUGUAAUAUCUAAAAUAAUAUUUAAGAAUAAUUGAAAAAUCAUGUUUGUACUGAUAAUACUGCUGAGUUAAAAAAGAAAAUUGAAUAACAAGAUAAAGAAAUCCAAAGACUGAAGGCCUUACUUGCUUCUCAAGUGCCUGUUGCAAAUGAUGACUCUGAAUAAUUGAAGCUUUAUUAAUAAAGAAUCUCAGAAUUAGAACGUUAAUUACAGGAAUCAAUUUUAUAAGUUGAAAGAUAUAGAUAAGAGAAUUCAUAACUAUUAUCCUAAUUGAACUUCUUUAAGGAUUAAGUCAAUGAGAAGGAUGAAAAGAUUAAGGAUUUAGAAAAUUAAAUUGAAGAACUCAAUAAUGAAUUAGAUGGAAUGUAGGAUGAAUAGGAGGAGAUCAUUGAAUAAAGAGUAGAAACUAUUAGAAAGGAAUUGAAGAGUUGGAAGGAUAAAUUUUUAGCAUUAAAUGCUCAAUUUCAUGAUUAAUAGGAAAAAUUAAUGUUAACUGAAGCUGAAUUAGAUCAUAUUAAAAAAUAAGGAGGAGCUGGAACUAAAGGUAGCUAAGUAAUUACUACAACGACUACAACAAAAUAAUCUAAAUGAAAAUAAGUACAUUCUAAAAAUAAAUAU